UGUACUCGAUCCAAGUUGCUUUUCCCUCCGCGCCUGGCGCCUCGCUGUUGAAUCGAUUCUAUCGGCGGAUCGUCUGAGCGUGUCUGUCUCGCAGGGAGUUGUGGGAAGCCGCAGCCCAUUUCCCGUCUCUUUCUCUGUGUGCCGGUGAUAGCGCGUUUUUGUCGCUCCCAUUCUCCGGCUCUUCCACACACACAACAUCAUGGCGCUGCACGUCCCCAAGGCCCCGGGCUUUGCCCAGAUGCUGAAGGAAGGAGCCAAGCACUACUCUGGCUUGGAAGAAGCAGUGUUCCGUAAUAUCCAGGCCUGUAAAGAACUCGCCCAGACUACACGCACUGCCUAUGGACCAAAUGGAAUGAACAAGAUGGUUAUCAAUCAUUUGGAGAAGCUUUUCGUUACAAACGAUGCCGCCACCAUUAUAAGGGAACUAGAGGUUCAACAUCCGGCUGCCAAAAUGAUUGUGAUGGCCUCCCACAUGCAAGAGCAGGAGGUCGGAGACGGGACUAACUUUGUCCUGGUCUUUGCUGGAGCUUUACUUGAGCUGGCAGAAGAGCUUCUAAGAAUCGGACUGUCUGUAUCCGAGGUGAUUGAAGGCUAUGAAAAGGCCUGUAAGAAAGCCUUAGAAAUACUCCCCGACCUGGUCUGCAGUUCUGCAAAGAAUUUACGUGAUGUUGAUGAAGUGGCCUCCCUUCUUCAGACGGCCAUCAUGAGCAAGCAGUAUGGCAACGAGCUCUUUCUUUCCAAGCUCAUCGCCCAGGCGUGUGUGUCUAUCCUUCCCGACUCUGGCAAUUUCAAUGUUGACAACAUCAGAGUGUGCAAGAUUUUGGGAUCGGGUAUCUGCUCCUCUUCUGUCUUGCACGGCAUGGUUUUCAAAAAGGAAGUAGAAGGAGAUAUCACUUCUGUGAAAGACGCCAAAAUCGCAGUUUAUUCCUGUCCGUUUGAUGGCACGAUCACCGAGACAAAGGGCACCGUGCUGAUAAACAGCGCACAGGAACUGAUGAACUUCAGCAAAGGAGAAGAGAAUCUGAUGGAGGAGCAAGUGAAGGCGAUCGCAGAUGCAGGGGCCACCGUUAUUGUGACAGGAGGCAAAGUUGCCGACAUGGCUCUCCAUUACGCAAACAAAUACAACCUCAUGGUAGUAAGGUUAAACUCCAAAUGGGAUCUUCGAAGACUGUGCAAAACCGUAUGUGCAACUGCCCUUCCCAGGAUGACCCCUCCUACAGCAGAGGAGAUUGGACACUGUGACAGUGUUUACUUGUCAGAAGUUGGGGAUACACAAGUUGUUGUGUUCAAACAUGAAAAAGAAGACGGGGCCAUUGCUACAAUUGUGAUCCGCGGCUCCACAGACAACCUCAUGGACGACGUGGAAAGAGCCGUAGAUGACGCCGUGAACACUUUCAAAGUCCUCACACGGGACAAGCGCCUUGUACCCGGAGGAGGAGCAGUGGAAAUCGAGUUGGCGAAACACAUAACAUCUUAUGGAGAGACCUGCCCUGGGCUGGAUCAAUACGCCAUUAAAAAGUUUGCUGAAGCCUUUGAGUCCAUUCCAAGGGCAUUGGCUGGAAACUCUGGUGUCAAGGCCAAUGAAGUCCUCUCCAAACUGUACGCCAUGCACCAGGAAGGCAACAAGAACGUGGGAUUCGACAUCGAGGCGGAGACUGCGGCAGUGAAAGACAUGAUGGAGAGCAAGAUAUUGGACACGUAUCUAGUGAAAUACUGGGGGAUAAAGUUGGCCACAAACGCCGCGAUUACUGUACUUCGGGUUGACCAGAUUAUAAUGGCAAAAGCAGCUGGCGGACCAAGAGCCCCCAAACAGCAAGGACACUGGGAUAAGGAUGACUGGCAAGAUGAACCAGAAAAACCUUAGGGCUGUGUAAGAGAACAGUAUCAUCAUGGCAAAACCAGCAGGCGGCCCAAAAGCACCGACGGGAAAGAAGGACUGGGAUGAUGACGAGUGAUCACCUGCUUUGUGACUCCGGGGAUGGAAUCAUUGUGCGCGCAGUAAAGAUUAGUCGCUUUUUUUUCCCGCAAUUUGUUCGAUUAACACUUAAGUUAAAUACUGUAUAAUAAACGUUCAGUUUCUGAUA